AUGAAAGAUUUUGUUGCAGAUGAAGGUAUUGCAGUAACAGAAAACUACCCCGGACGCAGACUUUCAGCCAAUAUCCUCAGCUUAUUCAGAGCUGUGGACAAGAAAGGCUUACGCGGGUUUCUAGAAGGAGGCGUGCUUAAACAAUCUUCACCACUGACAUGUGCUGUGCAAUGCGACACCGACCCACUGUGUCUGUCGUUCGACUUUGAGACUAUCACUCACGAUUGCUACAUCUCUCACACGGAUCGGUAUGCGCAUCCAGAGGCGUUUCUUGACUUCCCGACUGGAGUUUACUUUGAAUGGCAGGGAGUUGUGGACACUCCAGAGAUCGAGCCGAACGGAGGUCAAUUCAAUACUCAGGUGGUGGUGCGUCUUCUAACCGCAAAACUGGGUGCAGCGAUCCACUAUCGUAUCGUUCCUUCUACUCAACUGGCAACUACAAAUCUCACUGCUGCUGGUUUGUUUGGGUCUGGUAAAAACUUCAGUAUUGCUGCUAGUGGAGACGUUAUCACACUCCCCACUUACUCUUGCAAGAUUUUCGCGGUUGCCGUGAAAGAAGGAAUGAACGACAGUGUCGUGGUAAUCUCCAAUGAGUUUAAAAUCUUUCCAUCCAAAUACGUCUACCUGGUGCCAUAUUUCAAUAGUAAUUUCCAUGGUCGUGUGACUCGAAUCGAGCUUGGUCUCAAGGGUAAGAAAAGACCUCGGCCAGCUCGAUUUCUCGAGUUUAGCGACUAUGAAACACCCAACGGCAUUGGUCCUUACAACAACCAAGUAGCUGUCAUCGACUUGGCGACUCUGGAUCCCUCCUUCAAAGGUUUCUGUGGUGGCUUUACUGCUUUCUCAAAUGUUUCUUUCGUGAAUGAAACUUUUCUCGUUCCAGCUGCGGAUGACCCCAACUACAAAACGACAGCUUGGAAAGUCAUCUUGAAAGCUCAGUAUACAGCCUCACCGACACAUUUAGGCUUCGGGAAACCCGCAGAAAUGGAACAAGCUGUCGAGUAUUUGUAUUUGAUACCGUAUAACAAUGGAACAGCGUACGCAUCCAAGGUACUUCGCAUUAUGGCUCUCACAUUUUCGUCAAAAGCGCCGAUAGUGGAGAUACUGGACUUGAGCGCCGUGGAUAAAAGUCUCAAGGGGUUUGGGUCAGCUUUCACUUACGGCUCCUACGGAUAUUUAGUUCCUCGGAAGAAUGAAAACGGACUUUUCGGAAAGUUAGCACGCUUUCGAACUGACAUUUUUACACCAUCGAGCGUCGAGGUGCUGGAUUUGGCAGCUGUCAACUCGCAUUAUGUGGGGUUUAGCGGCGCAAUUACCUGGGACGAACGAACGAUGAACUUGCGGGAGUUCCCCGCUUCCAACUCCGGAUUAGUUGUUCGUGUGAAUCUGAACACUUUUCGUGUUUCCGGAAGCCUCGACCUUGCAUUAUUUCACCCCGAUUUAUGCGGAUUUAGCGGUGCAGUCACAGUCACCCACUUCGCUUACUUCGUGCCGUACAUGCGGGUACGACAGCCCGACUCGGAGGAAGUGAACCCGUAUUCUGGUUUGGUGGCUCGGGUCGAUUUGCGUGACUUCACUUCGGUACAGUUCCUUGAUCUGACCAUUGUCGAUACUGGCUUACGAGGGUUCAUGAGGGGGUUUGCUUAUCGGCAAUACGUCUUUCUCGUGCCUCAUCGCUGGAAAUUCUUCGACCCGAAGGGGCCUACGCAAUCUGGCAAAGUCGCACGAAUUGACACGAAUGAUUUCACACCGAGUGGAAUUUCUUUUCUGGAUUUGACUGCAGCAUUGCGAAGUCAGGUCCCUGAUUUCGCCGACAGCGAUUUACGUGGAUUCAAUGGGGGUGUAGUAUCCGGAAAAUAUGGCUUCUUCGUACCCUAUUUCAAUGGAGCGACAUUUUCAGGAAAGGUGUGUAGAAUCAAUCUCGACAAAUUUGAUGAAGUGCAGACGCUAGAUUUGACACAACUCGACAGCAAACUCCGUGGAUUCAGCGAUGGAAUAUUAUCAAAAGUACAAGAAACGCUCGAGACAAACCUCUUCGAUGAGUUCCAGAUUCGUGUAGGAACGACGGAUCCUUAUGACUACACUUACUAA